AUGCACAACGUGACCAUAGACGAUAGGAACACGACGCUCAUCGCCUUCUACCCGUCGCGGUGUGCUGGAUCGGGAUGGAUGGUAAAUUCUACGGCGGGGUAUUCUGGUUCGUACACUUCUUGUACGGCCGAUGAGGGCCCGUCGGCAAGGAUAGAUUUUACGGGAGUCGCGGUAUAUUAUCGGUCUCCAGUGUUCGAUGGAGAGUUGGUGCGGUUCAGACUAGAUGGAAGUCUCUCUGAAACCAUCAGUCUUUCCGCGCCGUCUGGUCAGACCGCAAAUCUUACGAGCUCAAGAGUAGUGUGGGGUCAAACGGGUCUGCAAGACACCGACCAUACGCUGGAAGUGUUCCCGGGAGCGAACGGCAGGACUCUACAUAUCGAUGCCUUCAUAUACACGGCAUCUGAGACUACAGCGGCGAAUGCCACUUCCUCCUCCUCCACUUCUGCUACGGCUCGGUCAUCCAUUGCCGCUGCCGCGUCGAAUAGUUCGACAAGCUCAACUGACACGAAAGCCGCAAUGGCUUUUGGAAUCACCUUUGGUGUCAUUUCCCUCGCCAUCUUCAUUGUCAUUGCCAUCUUACUCUUUCGACGCGCGAGAGAGCUAAACGAGCGUUUUACGUGGGACAAGCCCAACCCACCACCGCUGCAGCUCUCAACAGACCCCCCAGACUACCUGCACAGCACGCAAGAGUACACUCGCGACUCGUACCACACGCCUUCCUACCAAGCCCCCGUGAGCCGCCAGAAAAUGGACGAGGAGGCCGCUGUCCCGAUGCGUCCCCUACCAGUUGUCCCGCGUGGAUCGUUUACGACCGCAAACGAUCUCGACUAUGACAUGGAUGGGUCCGUCCGCGCGUGGUCAGCGACACCGUCGCAGACAGGUCUAGUCCAUCCAGCGAUCCCGAGCUCGCAUGGACACGGCGAAUCCCACGGCGGAGCAGGAGUCUCUCGGAGCACGACUUUCAACUCCAAACUAGAGCCCGUACGCAGAGGGACCGUCGAAUCCAACGGCUACCGUUGA